UCUGGACUGUGGUGUCACUGGCAAUGAAAAAUCAUUAUGCAUCAUUUAUCGAACGGCUAAUUUGCUGUCAUGGCUGACGUGGAUUUUCAUGAACAGGAGGGGAUGAAUGAUGUCUCCUUAGAGGGUGACAUUUCAGCUCCAGGCUUGAAAACAGAUGAUGAUGAAUUUAAUACCCUUGAUGAACCAGUCAAAGAUACUAUUUUACGAGAUCUGAAAGCAGUUGGAAUAAAAUUUUGGCAUGUGCUAUACCCAAAACAGAGUAAAACAUUACUUAAAGAGUGGGAUCUGUGGGGACCUCUUGUUUUAUGUGUAUUUAUGGCAAUGAUGUUGGAGGGAUCACAUGGUGAAAGUGACAAAGUAUCAGACGGUGGACCACAGUUUGCCGAAGUUUUUGUUAUUUACUGGGUUGGAGCUAUGGUUGUCACGUUAAAUACAAAAUUAUUAGGGGGUAAUAUAUCAUUUUUCCAAAGUAUUUGUGUACUGGGUUACUGUGUGUGUCCAUUAACAGUUUCCUUGAUUAUAUGUCGUCUUAUAUUAAUUGCUCAGCAGACGACACCACUGUUUGUCAUUAGAUUUAUUGUUGUGGUUGUAGCAUUUGCAUGGUCAACUUUUGCAUCUACAGCAUUUUUAGCAGAAUCACAGCCUUCUAAAAGAAAAGCUUUAGCAGUAUAUCCAAUUUUUCUGUUUUAUUUUGUAAUAAGUUGGUUAAUUAUUUCACAUACAUAAGAAAACAUUUAAUUCUUUCUUAACAAAUAUUUGUGAUUUUCAUACUGCCAUAAGAUGGAGAUAUAUAAAAAAAAACAUGUUGUUAGAGAUUAUUGUAUAUAUGUGGGGAAACUUUCAAAUAAUUUGUGUGUAUGUGAAAGUGCUUAUUUUGGAGAUAUUUGAAAUGAGUAUAAUUGUGAAGUUAAUGACAUUGAUGCUUCUUCUGUUACUUUUAAAUUAGAUCUAUUUCAUUAAAAUGAAUGAGGUUCAGUACGAAAGGAUGUUAUAAAUAUUAUUUGAUAUUAGUAAUAGGUCAUUUAUGGAGGCAUGUAUGCAAAUUUACUAAAAUUAAGUAUUUGAUAUGGUGGUUAAAGAGUAUUUUUGACGUCCCUUUCUACCCUCCAACAUUCAUUUUAAUGGAAAAUCCAAAAUGUUUUUUAUUAAAUGCAUUAGAAAAAAUAUAAAUGAGUAUUUCUUAAUCUUGGCAUAAGUAAAUUAUGUAUUCUACUGACCUUGAAAACUGUUUUACAGUAUAAGGACAUAUUUUAUUUAAUUUGGUAAAAAAAACAUACCGGUUGAAGGAAUAUUAAUUCUUAUAAAGUAUAUAAAAUGCCUUGGAAAAAAAAAAUCUUCUUUAAUUUGAUGAUCCAUCUAUAAUUUCUGUGUACAAACUUUUAAUUUGCUUGAUACUGGUGCAUGCAUAAUGUAAGUAAUCAUGAUUUGUUGCAGAACAAGUAUAUGGUUAUGAUAAUUUUUCUCUACACAGUAUAAGUUUUGGUAGAUAGCUGUAGCUUUGUAAACUGUUCAGAUUUUUGUGAAGCAAUUCAUUUGUCUUUCUUAUAUUCUAUUGAAGUCAAAUAAAUCUUACUUGUAAGAAUAUUUACAAUAUUUUAAAAAUUGAAAACUUAUGUCAGCAAUAAUUCUGGUUUUGUUUAUUAUUAAAUUUCUUAUCUGUAACCAUCUACUAUCUUAUAAACAUCACAGUAUUAUAACUGUUUUUAAAUUUGCAUUAUAACAUGUCAGAAAUUAGAUUUUUUCAAUAGUAAUUUAGCACGUUUUAUAUAAUAGUGUGAUUAUAAUAUUAACAACAUAAAACAUUUGUAUGCUAACUGACUUUCUUGCAAAGUGUCAAUUCUAGUUGAUUCAAAAUGUUUGAUUGGUUAAUGUAAAAUAAAGUCACCUAAAUCAAGCUUUUUUGCCUAACAGUAUGAAUUUUUAUAUCGACCAAAAUUUAAAAAAAAUUGGUAAAUCUUUUAUGAAAUUCAAAUUAUCUCCCUUAUACCAGUGACUUGAGAAAAAACAGAUUUUUUUUAUGAAUCUUGAAAAAGAUGGAAUGAAAAUGUAUAUAAUUCUCAACAAAAUGCAGGAAAUAAUUGAAUACAAAAUUUGAUAACUAUAUACAUAAUUUAUCAUGGGUCAAUAAAAUUCAUAUAGGGAUGAGGUAAUAAAUAGAAUAUAACUGAUAAUUUGAAUUUGCUAGUUAAUAAGGGAACAUACAGGUCCUUAUGUUAUAAUAUGUAAAAGCUGAGGAUCAAGCAUGAAUGUACAUUUUUUUGUUACACUUAGCCAUAAUAAAUUUAAAAUUUUCCAUCAAAAUUUUCCAUUAGAAAUUUCAGCUACUGUUUAAAGACCCUCAUGGUAGUAAAGGGUUGAAAGUAUUUUUACAUCUUUAGUUUUUCCAAUUUUUUGCUCUUGAUUAACCUGAUAAAUGUAUAUAUAUGAACAUUAUUUAUAUUUUACUUUGAUUUACCUAGCAACGUUUAACCUAAUAACAGUCUGAUGUGUCAAGUUCUUUUCUAGUUGACUUUUACUUUUAACUUCUUUGUUAUUAUCGAUCAUAGUUUGUAUGGAAGGAAUCAGAAAACUUCCAACAUUGUAGAAGUGCUAUAUCUACAAAAUCAUAAGAGUUUUUUUUUCAAAUAAUAACAUAGACAGUCCCAUUCCAAACUACACAAAAUAAUCCUCAUUUAUAUCAUUUAA